UGUAUUGUGCUGUCCCUGCCUUUGUACCUUUGCUGAUCUUCUGCUUUCAUUUCAUGUUCACUUCUUGCCAGCGGCUUUCACCACCGAAUUUGAUUUUCCCAACUGCCGGCAGCUCGCGUCAGACUCCUUUGGGGGGGGGAUGAUGGGAUUCAUCGCAUUUAAAAAGGUACCUUUGGGUCUCGACUCCUAGGUUUUGUGCCUUUUGUCCCUCCAAGUCAUGUCGUCAUGGCGGUCCGUGCAUCAAGAUCCCAGACUUCUCCGCCACCGCCACCGCCACCGCCACUGCCCUACUGUGACUGACCCCUCCUCUCUCUGUGUGAGGGUUGGCUACCCUGAUAAUUGCUUAGCCAAUAUGAGGCUGUUGGAGUGCAUUUCGGUUUUUAAAUAGUGAAUUCCGUUCUUAUACCGGAUGAAUAAUCAGUCAGUCUAUGCCUGUUGCCCUCCGACAAGUGCCCGCUCCAGUUUAAGACGGGCCUGGGACUACUGUUAUUGGUAAGCCCUGACAUAAUACACAAACCGCAUGCGUCAUCUGCUUCAUUGUGAGUUGUAAAACACCUGCCAGUGACGUGCUUUCCCCAGAUACAAACAGCCAAACUGCCGUUCAGAUGGCUGAUCGCGCGAUGUGGCUCCUUGCGGAUGUCCCUGGUUUUGCCGAGAGUCCUUGUGACGUGAGAGCCAUUACAAGCAUGCUAGUCACUAUGGUUAUUCCGAGUUCCUUAAGCAUCUUAAUGGGUGAUAGUUGUGUUGGGAGUAUACAGGCGACGUCUAGCUCAGUGCACAGCGGAGUCUUGUCGCCCAGCUCAGGUUUUAAAAUCAAGUAACAACCACCUGACUGGCAUGCUGACAUUGAUGUGUAACCUU